CGGCUAAUCACACUCUUUCUAUUUUCUGUCCUCUGCUACUUUGGCCAUUAAACGUUUCCUCUUCCCAGCUACGGCCACCCUUACGGCUUCGAAAACCUCCGUUUUUCGCUGAAGUACUUUGCGCUGCCUCCGGUGAAACUCGUCGGUUUUGGAACUACGUUUUUUUCAGAGAGCGUUUUCCGUUAACUUUUCCAGGCAUUUCCAUGAGGGCAUUCAAGAAUAAGCACAGCACAGGCUAUGACAUUUUCCCUACAACCUCCAAAAUACAUACCAGACAUUGCCUCUCUGACUUCUGAAAAAUUCUUUCCGGCUUUCCAUAGCCAUCUCAGCGCUUCGGCUUCUAGGAGAGGAAAAUUUUUAUGAAGCCUUGCAUUUCUCUGUGAAGCGCAGAAAAUGGCUAUCAUGUCUUCCGAUAAUCAGGACAAACUUUGUAAUAUAUGUGGUCAUAUUGGUUAUGCGGAAGUACUUGCAACUUGCUCUAGAUGCUCUACUGCUUGCGAGCACAUUUACUGUAUGCGGGAAUUUAACAUGGAGCUCCCUGAAGUAUGGACUUGUGAAGCAUGCGAAAAUGCUGAUGGCUCUCCAAAACCUGAUCUGAAGGAAGAUUACUUGAAUCCAGCAAGCGACAGCAAAUGUUGCGAUGAAUUAGUUAGGCAGUUGCCUAAAAAACAGUUGAGGCCUGUUCAAACUGGAAAAGUGAAAUUUCUCCCUGCUGAAGAAGUCAUCAGGCUAUCAUCAGGAGCUGCAAUGUCCAUGCAACCUGCUUUUAGACUAAAACCUAGUGUGUCGAAGUUUGUUACACCUAGCUCUAGGAGGACAUCCUCUGCAUCUAGAGCUGUCACUCCCAGGUUCUCCCCUCCAAAGGUGAAAUCAAAUCCUAGUUUUUUUCCUGCAGAGUCUGUGAGACAUGUCAGUAGACGAGUCAGUUCUGAGAGAAACCAAAAAACGUCCGCUUUAUUAAAGGACUCAAAAGCUCAUGCAGAAGAUCAUAUUUGUGAGGAACUGCUGUUGGAAGCCAAGUUACCCUCCAACAAAGUUGUAAGUCCAGAUGUGAACAAAGAAAAGGCAACAAACCUAUCAUGCAAAGGUUUUCCAUCAGAGCGUCCUCCCAACAUGUUUGAAGACAUUUUACCUGCCAAAGAAGUUGAUACUGAGGAUAGGAACAAAGAAAGGAUGACAAACAAACCAUUUAAAGGUUCAUCAUCAAGGCAUCCUCCCAUCAUGUUUGGUUCAGGCAUUAACUUGCAAGAUCCUGCUGAACCUAGGAAUACCAAUCCUGAAGAAAGUGGCCAGCAUCUUGAAAAGCUUAUGUUAUAUCGUGAUUACCUCCCUGCUAAAGUUUCUACUUGGAGGGGAGGCUUCCAAUUGCAUGAUCCUGUUGAAGGGUAUGAAUUCCAUGAUGGAUUCCAAGCUCAACCACCAUGCAUAGUCCACCGUAAAGCCUCAGAAUUUUCAAGGAAAAUGCCCACUGUCCUUGAAGUGAUACUGCUUCCACGGCAGCAUAUUUGGGUGGAUUUAUUCCAGAAUGAUUGCCCCAAUUUAGAUGAUAUUGCACUGUAUUUUUUUCCUGCUCAUGAUACUAAGAGAGCCAAGCAGAAUAUUUCCGACUUAUUUGAGCUUAUGGAUACCAAAAACUCUGUGAUGGUAAGUUACAUUGAUGGUGUGGAGUUGCUGAUUUUUACUUCUGAACAGCUGCAUGUCAACUCAAAAGGUGUUUGUAUGAGAUUGAAGAAGACAGAACGUUUCUUGUGGGGAGUCUUCAAUCAUGUCAAAAAUGGUAAAAGUUCUGUACAGAUGGAAGGACGACCUGCAGAGAUGGCUGUUCUCACAGAUUCUUCAAGAAGGGAAGCUGGAGGCUCUUGACAUGUAAUCAGAAGACCCAAUGGAAGAUUAAGACUGUUCAAAGUGGAUUCUGGUAUUCAACAGAAGAAAAUUACUGGAAAGUGUAGAAAAACAGUAGGAUUCCUCGACUUGUUUGCUGGAUAUUUCUAUGAAACUCUACUGAGCAGGCAUACUGUAGGUACGGGGGGUAGAAUUGUCAUUCCACUCAUAGUUGUAGAAUAUAUCAAUAUAUAACUGGUACUAUGGUAGGUACCAUUUAUAAGGGUUGUUUGUGCCUUAUAUUAUAAUGUUUAACCGUAUAUAUACACACACGUA